AUGGCUGCGACGUUGAUCCCAAGAAAAUUUCGGCCAGCGGACGCGGACGAUGAGGCUGAGCCCGGAUGGCUUAAACGUCAGGUCACUGGUGGCUUACAAUUUCUCUCCCGCCGUGCCUGUGUUCACCCCAUCCACACAAUCGUGGUGUUCGCCCUUCUCGCCAGCACCACCUACGUUGGUCUCUUAGAGGGUAGUCUGUUCGACUCCUUCAGGAAUCCUCGCAAUGUUGCUGGUCAGGUGGACGUCGACACCCUCCUGCAGGGUAGCAGGAAUCUGCGCUUGGGAGAGAGUACUGCCUGGAAGUGGCAGGUCGAAGAUGGCUUGACUGUCGAAGAAUCGGAGGCUACUCAGCACAUCGCACUCGCAACCUUUAUCUUCCCGGAUUCCAUGUCAAAGUCGGUCUCCACUGCUCCUCUCGCCGAUGGUGUUCCAAUCCCCGCAAACGCUUCCGCGCAACGGGUGCCUCAUACGCCCAAUCUCUUCUCGCCUUUCUCGCAUGACUCGUCUCUCGUGUACAAGCUUCCGUUUGACCAGGUCUCUCAAUUCCUGAAGGCAGUCCAGGAGAUCCCUGAGCCUUCUGUCGACGACGAUGAAGGGGAGCAGAAGAAGUGGAUUAUGCGCGCUGCUCGUGGUCCGGCUUACGGAUCUGCCGGUGCUCUUAAGCUUUGGGUGGCAGACGCAUGGGGCUCGUUCGUGGACCUGGUUAAGCAUGCUGAAACGAUCGACAUUGUCAUUAUGACUCUUGGAUACCUUUCAAUGCAUCUCAGCUUCGUGUCCCUCUUCUUCUCGAUGCGGCGUCUCGGCUCAAACUUCUGGCUGGCGACCACGGUUCUGUUCUCUGGUGCCUUUGCCUUUUUGUUCGGCCUUCUGGUGACCACGAAGCUCGGCGUUCCCAUUAACAUGCUGCUCUUGUCUGAGGGUCUCCCCUUUCUCGUGGUAACCAUUGGCUUUGAGAAGCCGAUCAUUCUGACCAGGGCUGUUCUGAGUGCGUCAGUGAAUCGCAAACAAGGCCAGUCUGGCAAAACCGGCGGUCAGCCGACUCCGAGCACCCCGAGGUCUAUCCAGGAUUCUAUCCAGACUGCUAUCAAGAGACAAGGAUUUGAGAUCGUCAGAGACUAUUUCAUUGAAAUUGCCAUUCUCGUGGCUGGUGCAGCCUCUGGAGUGCAGGGCGGCUUGAGGCAAUUCUGCUUCCUCGCAGCCUGGAUCCUUUUUUUCGAUUGCCUGUUGCUCUUCACCUUCUACACCACUAUCCUUUGCAUCAAGCUCGAGAUCACUCGCAUCAAGCGCCAUGUUGCGCUCCGCAAGGCCCUUGAGGAGGAUGGAAUCACCCACCGUGUCGCCGAGAGCGUCGCAUCGAACAAUGACUGGCCCAAUGCGGGAUCGGAGACUGAUGGAGCCAGCGAGACUAGCGUCUUCGGAAAGAAGAUCAAGUCGAGCAAUGUGCGCCGCUUCAAGAUUCUCAUGGUCGGAGGCUUCAUUCUCAUCAACGUCGUGAAUCUGUCUGCCAUUCCUUUCCGCAAGUCCACCGGCAUUCCUCUACUCUCCCGCAUCUCGAAUGUGCUAGCGCCCACGCCAAUUGAUCCCUUCAGGGUCGCAGAGAACGGUCUCGAUUCGAUCUAUGUUUCCGCCAAGAGCCAGAUGACGGAAACAACUGUAACGGUCAUCCCUCCGAUCAAGUACAAGCUUGAGUACCCCUCCGUGCACUAUGCUGCUGGAGAAGGCCAGUCUUUCGACAUCGAGUACAGUGACCAGUUCUUGGAUGCCGUCGGUGGACGCGUCAUUGAAAGCCUGCUAAAGAGCAUCGAGGACCCGAUCAUCAGCAAGUGGAUUAUUGCGGCUCUGACCUUGAGUAUUAUUCUGAACGGUUAUCUUUUCAAUGCAGCACGGUGGAGCAUCAAGGAGCCUGAGGCCGCCCCCAAGGAGGAGCCGCCGAAGCCCAAGGUUUACCCGAAGAUUGACCUGAACAACCAAGAGGGCCCCAAGCGAACCUCGGAGGAAUGUGAACUGUUCUUGAAGGAAAAGCGGGCGCCUUAUCUGACGGAUGAGGAAUUGAUUGAUCUCUCGCUCCGUGGCAAGAUUCCAGGAUAUGCUCUUGAAAAGACGAUGGAAAACGAAGACCUCAUGAGCCGUGUUGAUGCCUUCACUCGUGCGGUCAAGAUUCGCAGAGCUGUCGUGGCUAGGACUAAGGCUACCUCUGAUUUCACCGGCUCCCUGGAGACCUCCAAGCUUCCUUACAAAGACUACAACUACGGUCUGGUCCACGGCGCCUGCUGUGAGAACGUCAUCGGCUAUCUUCCCUUGCCCCUUGGAGUCGCGGGUCCUCUUCUUAUUGAUGGCCAAAACUACUUCAUUCCCAUGGCUACCACUGAAGGUGUUCUGGUCGCUAGCGCCAGUCGAGGCGCCAAGGCCAUCAAUGCUGGGGGUGGUGCUGUGACGGUUCUGACCGGCGAUGGCAUGACGCGCGGUCCUUGUGUUGGUUUCCCCACGCUCGCCCGAGCUGCCGCCGCCAAGGUCUGGCUUGACUCCCAGGAAGGUACAAGUAUCAUGAUGACCGCGUUCAACUCUACCAGCCGCUUCGCCAGACUUCAGAACAUCAAGACUGCUCUUGCUGGCACUUACCUGUACAUUCGGUUCAAGACCACCACGGGUGACGCCAUGGGCAUGAACAUGAUCUCCAAGGGAGUCGAAAAGGCGCUUCGCGUGAUGGCCACCGAGUGUGGCUUCGAUGACAUGGCCACGAUCUCGGUUUCCGGAAACUUCUGCACGGACAAGAAAGCGGCUGCGAUCAACUGGAUUGACGGCCGUGGCAAGUCUGUCGUUGCGGAGGCUAUCAUCUCUGGGGAUGUUGUCCGCAGUGUGCUUAAGAGUAAUGUGGACGCCCUUGUUGAGCUGAACACGAGCAAGAACUUGAUUGGCAGUGCCAUGGCGGGCAGCUUGGGUGGCUUCAAUGCGCAUGCUUCCAACAUUGUCACUGCCAUUUUCUUGGCUACCGGCCAGGACCCUGCGCAGAAUGUGGAAAGCAGCAGCUGUAUUACCACCAUGAGAAAUCUGAAUGGCAACCUCCAGAUCUCUGUGUCGAUGCCUUCCAUCGAAGUUGGAACGAUUGGCGGUGGUACAAUCCUCGAGGGGCAAUCCGCCAUGCUCGAACUCCUGGGGGUGCGCGGCUCCCACCCGACCAACCCCGGUGACAAUGCCCGCCAGCUGGCGCGCAUUGUGGCCGCCGCUGUCCUUGCCGGCGAGCUGAGUCUGUGCUCAGCCCUUGCUGCCGGUCACCUCGUCCAGGCGCACAUGGCACACAACCGUAGUGCUGCUCCCACCCGCUCCGCGACGCCCGUGUCCGCCGCCGUUGGCGCUGCCCGGGGCCUCGCUAUGACCUCUUCGAAAUGAACGGGAGUAUAUUGAGCGCUGUAGUCGCCUCUCCCAUCCGCUACUUGACGAGACCAUGUACAACCAAUACUCCUGCCGCGAGCAGACUCCCUCCCCCGACCCUCCUGCUCGUCGCCUUCCUUUCUACUUGAUGAUGAUACCUCUUGGCAUCUUGGCCCGUCACUACUCGGGGUGGUUCCGCGGGCUUUGUAGCCAGAGCGGCAUCCUGUACUGUACAUUUCUAACCUAUACAUACUUUUGUGGAUUUCACGUGGCCCGCGCAUCCCAUACUGGCCGGUGGAUGGAGCAUGGGCUUCGGAUGCGAGCUGAUUGGACUACGGGGCUAUAGAAGAAGGAACGCAGCAAUGACCAGGGGACUGCCCCGUGCAGUCGGGCCCAGGCAGGUCAUAUGCGCUGUUGGAAAGACUCGGACAUGAUUGUUAAUCAGAUAAUGUAUGGAGUAUGGAUAUCCAAG